AUGAGAGCCUGUUCCUUUUUGGUCUUACUGUUGCCAGUCCUGAGAGGCCUCGGUGUCGUCUCCCCAGCCGUGUCUGCCUCCGUACUGCAAUCGAGAGCAACAACGUCCAGCCAGCGCCAUGGACUGAAAUGGCUCGGAUCAGGCCAGUCAUUACCAAAAAUUCUGGUUGUUUUCACUGGCGGAACUCUCGCCGAGGGCUCUGGUUACGGCCCCCUUGACGACACUCAAUAUGGCCAAUACAACUUGACUGCGGAGGAAAUUAUAGCACGAAAUCCGUACCUGUUCAAUGUAUCCCAACUGGCAAUCUCCAACUGGACAUCUGGUAGAACUGGCCCCUCACCCAGUCGUUCUGACGCUUUCGUCAUGAACAUGACGCGCUUCCUCGAUGACGCCCUCUGUUCUGACGACAGCGAUAUCGACGGUGCUGUCUUCACUCAUGGAACCAACUCUCUAGAAGAGACUGCAAUAUUAUUCGACCUUCUCAUCCCUUGUGACAAGCCUAUUGUCGCCGCGGGUGCCUCGCGACCCGUCUCGGCCCUCUCUGCCGAUGGUGAUGCCAAUUUCUUCCAAAGUGUCUCCCUGGCAGCCAGCCCAGCCAGCCGGGGCCGCGGUGUGCUUAUCGCCUUUUCGAACCACAUCCUGCAAGCUUUCUGGACGACCAAGAUGGUACCCACAUUUCCAGAUGGUUUCGGACAGACAGCUGGCGGCAGCCUUGGCGAAUUCCUGAACAACAUGCCUUAUUUCUUCAAUACGCCUAGUUUACCGACGGACAAACACAAGUUUGACUUGGUGACAGUUAACAAUCACGAAAGUUAUCCAUCGCUGCCUAAGGUAGACAUUCUUUUCGCCCAUCGUGAGUUUGAUGGCGGCCUCGUCACGGAUGCUGUCAAGAGAGGCGCCAAAGGCCUGGUUAUUGCGGGAACCGGCAGCGGAGCGGUUCCCACCGGAAAAGAAGAGGUUGCUGAAGCUUUUGAGAACGGAACGUACAUUGUGGUCUCGACUAGGUCCCCCUAUGGUGCCAGUGUGCCGUCUCUAUCACCAACAUACGCCAAGUCUGGGUACGUUCAUCCGCUACAGGCGAGAGUUAUGCUACAGCUUGGCAUAGCCAGUGGUUUCAGCCAAAAAGAGGUUGCAAACUUAUUUGAAGGGACAAUUAGAGAUGCCACUCUUCCAUCCUUCAUCUACGGUAUUUAA